AUGGAUUCCGCAAACUCGACCAGCCUCAGCUCCACUGCAUACGACAUCGUUUCCAUUGAGGAGGAUUGUUCAACUUCUGUGGAUGUGGAUCAUGAGACAAGAUGCUGGGGUUGUGGGCUCCGAGUUCUUGUUUCUCCAUAUGCAUCAUCUGUUUUCAAAUGUGGCUGGUGUGGAGCUAUAACAAAGCAAAAUGCAUUGAAAUGUGAAAACCAGUGCUUCAAGUGGAGACGCUUACGAGACCUGUGUUUUGUCAGUGUUGUCCUUCUAUUUAUGCUAUUCUUUAUAUGUGGUGGCAUUUGGGCAAUUUAUCCUAUCACCUUUUCCAUCAGUUUCUUUGGUGGUGUUUUUCACUUAAUAGUUGCAGUAAUCUUGUCUCUAUCUACUUUAUCUACAUUUUGCUUAGCUGCAUUUCGACCUGCUGGUGCUCCACCAACUAUACCGUGGGGUAGCUACCCCACUGUGGGGAAAGGUGGACUGGAAAACUACACGUUCUGUCACUAUUGUUCAAGGCCAAAAUCACCAAGGACACACCAUUGCCGUUCAUGCGGAAUGUGUAUAUUGGACAUGGAUCAUCACUGCCCAUUUAUCGGGAACUGUGUUGGCGCAACAAAUCACCAGGGUUUCAUUCUCUUCCUUAUGUCUGCAGUCAUCAGUAUGAUUUAUGUCAUUAUCAUGUCAUCAUACUCGGCACUUCAUAUCUCACCACCAUUAAACCAUAGCGGUGUUUCUAUCAGCAAGAGGACUCCUACUUGUUUACCUGUUUAUUGCUAG